AUGGGAAAAUGUGACGAAGCUAAUGUCGAAGUUAAUAUGGGGGACUCGGCGUCCCCCAUGAAACCUGAUAAUUUUACAUUCACCGUACCCCCCGAGGCUCCUGUCUUCGAACCAACACCUGAAGAGUUCUUGGAUCCUUUGGCGUACAUCAGUAAAAUCAGACCAAUUGCGGAGAAGUCGGGGAUAUGCAAAAUAAAACCCCCUGCGCAUUGGCAACCACCAUUUGCCGUAGACGUUGAUCGGCUACGCUUUACACCAAGGAUACAGCGCUUAAAUGAACUAGAGGCUAUAACCCGUGUUAAGCUGAAUUUCCUGGAUCAAAUAAUAAAAUUCUGGGAGCUGCAAGGCUCAGUCCUGAAGAUACCAACAGUGGAACGGAAACCGUUAGAUUUGUAUGCACUGCACAAGAUCGUGCGGGAAGCUGCUAUUAAUACCGGCGACUACCCACAGGUGGUUUCGAAGUGUGUUCAGCGGAGCGUAAGUGGUCCAAAAUUGCUCGUCGCAUGGGUCACCCGCAGGGUAAAGGGGAUCGGGUCCAUUCUGAAGAGUCACUACGAGCGCAUGCUCUACCCCUACGACGUGUUCAAAAAUAACGGCGUUGUGGGAGAUAACAAGGAGACCAAGAUAGAAGUGAAAACGGAGCAAACGCCGGAAAAGGUGAAUGCCCGGAGUCGUUCAGCGAGCAAAGGUCCUGCUGCGACACCGCCCCCUGGCCGCCGGUACAAGAGUUCGGAGCCCGAGGCCGCUGAAGGCAGUCAUACAGAAGGGGCUCUUCCAGGUACAGAUGACAAGAAGACCCCGAUUAAAGAGGAACCUACUGAGAACAGGAGGAGUCCCCGCGAGAACAAAUGGAUGUCGACAGCUGCGUCCUGCGGCGCCCGCGCACGCGUGUUGCGCUCAACCAAACUGCGCGAGCACAGACUGAGCAAUAUGACCGUAUCAGUGACUCCGGCGCCGGUACCCCCAAGCACUGCGCCCAGGCCUUUGGAUCCCUUGGCGAAAUAUAUGUGUCACAUAUGUGGAAGAGGUGACAUCGAGGAGCAGAUGUUGUUGUGUGAUGGGUGCGAUGACUCUUAUCACACCUUCUGCCUCGUGCCACCGCUUGCUGAUGUGCCCAAGGGAGACUGGAGGUGUCCCGUAUGCUUAGCUGAGGAGGUGUCAAAACCCACUGAAGCGUUUGGCUUUGAGCAGGCAUCCCGAGAGUACACUCUACAGCAAUUCGGUGAAAUGGCUGAUCAGUUCAAGUCGGAUUAUUUCAAUAUGCCUGUACAUAUGGUACCGACAUCCACGGUGGAAAGGGAAUUCUGGCGAGUUGUGUCGUCCAUUGAUGAAGACGUUACUGUUGAAUAUGGAGCCGAUCUUCAUUCAAUGGACCAUGGAUCAGGAUUUCCAACAAAGUCAAGCGCACACCUGUAUCCCGGUGAACAACAAUACGCAGAAUCAAGUUGGAAUUUGAACAAUUUGCCCGUUCUAGAGGGCUCUGUACUCGGUCACAUUAAUGCUGAUAUUUCUGGAAUGAAGGUCCCAUGGCUAUAUGUGGGCAUGUGUUUCGCAACUUUUUGCUGGCACAACGAGGACCACUGGAGUUACUCCAUCAAUUAUCUUCACUGGGGUGAACCAAAGACAUGGUACGGAGUGCCAAGUUCAAAGGCGGAGCAGUUCGAAGCGGCCAUGAAGGCAGAAGCUCCUGAAUUGUUCCAACUGCAGCCGGAUCUGUUACACCAAUUAGUCACCAUCAUGAAUCCCAACGUUUUGAUGAAGGCCGGUGUGCCCGUGUACAGAACGGAUCAGCACGCAGGCGAGUUUGUGAUAACGUUCCCGCGAGCGUACCACGCUGGGUUCAAUCAAGGAUAUAACUUUGCUGAAGCCGUCAACUUUACUCCGGCGGAUUGGUUAAAAAUGGGUCGAGAAUGUAUAGCUCACUAUUCUACUCUACGGCGUUACUGCGUCUUCUCUCACGAUGAGCUCGUCUGCAAGAUGGCACUUGAGGCUGACACUUUGAGUCUAACAGUGGCUCUAGCCGCCUAUCGCGACAUGAGGACCAUGCUCCAUGAUGAGAGGAAAUUGAGAAAAGCUCUUUUGGACUGGGGUGUAACGGAAGCUGAACGGGAAGCCUUCGAAUUACUUCCGGACGAUGAGCGUCAGUGUCACCUUUGCAAGACUACGUGUUUCCUAUCGUGCGUGACCUGCGCCUGCACACAGAACGUCGCUUGUCUCCGACAUUUCCAUCAACUUUGCGAUUGUGCUCCCGCUACUCAUAAAUUAAGAUAUCGUUACACUUUGGACGAGCUACCAGCAAUGUUGGAGAAAUUGAAGCGCAAGUCCGAGCAGUUCCGCGAAUGGGCGGAGGCAGUGCAGAAUGCACUCGACCCGGACACGCCCAAAACUUGCGAUCUGGACGGGCUGCGGGCGCAUCUGAAACGAGCUCAUGAUCUCAAAAUGCACAAAACGGAGCUGGUUCGCGCACUAGAAACAGCCAUCGAGGACGCUGAGAAAUGCGCAUCUGUGAUACAACAAUUGGAUUUAAACAAAAUGCGUACGCGCACACGACACCACGAUCCCAAGUACAAGCUGACUAUUCACGAGCUGACCCUGUUUGCUGCUGAAAUCGAUGGACUGGCUUGUGUUCUACCAGAAGGUUCCGCAGUUAAAGAAGUAUUACGACAAACGGCCGAAUUUGAAGAUAGAGCGACGGAACUGCUUAAUAUGGACUUGGAAGAGUGUGAUUCCUCUUCUGUUAGGGAACUCGAAGAUGUCGCGGAACUCGGUUCACGUCUCUGCAUUGUACUCCCGCAAUUGCCAGCGUUGCAAGCGCGUCUCCUUCAAGAGAAAUUCAUAGUGAUGUCACGAGAGCACCGCGAAGAGUUCGCGUCUCUCACGCCUGAACUUAUCGAUAAACUGUUACAAGAGGCGGCUAGUGUUGUGCCACAUCGGCGAGUGGAGGUGGAAAGGGCGUGUUUAUAUAAACUUAAAUUACAAGUGGAAGACUGGGAGCGACGCGCGAAAGCUAUCCUCACUGAUACAAAUGUCCCCAAGACUCGGGACUCUGUAGACGAAAUGGACAAAACGUAUACAACUCUAGCGGAGCUGGACGCUCUUCUCGCCGAGGGGGAUGACGUUGAGGCAUCUUUGCCUUCGCAGCACGCACUCAAAGCGGCCGCUGCACAUGCUAAGGACUGGCUAGCAAAGGUGGAAGAAAUGCAAUCAAAAGAACUAUACCCGUACAUGCACAGCGUGGAGGCGUUAGUCAAACGGUCGAUGCAGAUACCGCUGUCGCUAUUCGAAAAGGAUCAACUUGCGAACGCUCUACAGUCCGCGAAGGAGUGGAAGAGGGGCGCCGCUGAAAUGUUUUUAAAGAAGAACUGGCCAUUCUCCUUGCUGGAAGCACUAUCACCACGCACUGAAACAACGUCGAGUAGUGCGAAUCGUCGCCGUGGGAGGGAUACGUCAGAGGAGCCGCCAUUAUUAAAACACUUUAGCGAAGACGCGACGCCUACUGAAAUUGUUGCUGCUUUCAAACAGGCUGAGUUGAGAGAGUUAGCUGCUAUUCGAGAGUUACGGGUAAAGAACAUGCGCAAAGAAGUCAGGUCACCCCCAACAGCUGGAUUAACGUUCUGUACAUGUCAGAAGAGGCAGUAUGGUCUCAUGUCGCAGUGUGAACUAUGCAAGGACUGGUUUCAUGCUUCGUGUAUAUCAGCAGCGCGUGAAAAUCAGGAUAAUAGAGAGGACUCACCAGAAAGGAUAGAGCUUCCCUUUCCCACACCGGAACCCAAGUUUCUCUGUUCAGACUGCACUAGGACGAAACGACCCAGGCUGCACCGAAUUCUGGCUUUAUUGGUAUGGUUACAAAAGCUACCAGUUCGCCUGGCCGAAGGCGAAGCCCUUCAAUGCGUGACUGAACGAGCGAUGGCAUGGCAGGAUAGUGCGCGCGCGAUGCUCUCCAGCCCACAAUUGGCCGCCUACAGGACAGACACCACAGCACUUGGCACCAACAGGUCGUCAGCGAGCGUAGAGCAUGCGUAUAGUGCGUCACCGCGUUCACCAAACAGUCGCACGCCCAGCAUUUUACAGAAACUGGAAGAUGUCAUGCUAGAAGGAGAUUUGCUUGAGGUGCGGUUAGAAGAACAGGCCCAAAUAUGGAGCGCGGUGUCUGCAGUACGCAGCGCAGAAGGUCGUCGUACCGGUCGUGUUUUAGAAGCCGGCAGACGGAAGCGACCUCCACAGCCCAGGCAUCCUCAUCAGAUGAAGAGGAGUCGUCCGCAUGGUACCACACCAACAACGAAGACGCAAAUAAAGCGGGGCUCAUCAACUACAACCAACUAUCUAAACCGCAAGCAGCCGCUCUCGUCCGCUUCCGGCCUGAUGAUGCGCAAACACUACAUGGCACGCCAGGAACGGCGGAAACGAGCCAAACACGUCCGGCACACGAGAUUAGGUGGUCAGACACGCGGAGGUCACACAGCAGCUAGCACAUCGGCGACACGCCGACAACAGCAGUCCGCGUCACGUCGCAGCAGUACUUCAUCACCGUCAUCGGGUGAUGAUGAUGAGGAUUGUGCUGCGGCUUCGUGUCUGCGGCCCACGGGUAAAGUGGAUUGGGUGCAGUGCGAUGGUGGAUGUGAUCAAUGGUUCCACAUGCACUGCGUGGGACUCAGCCGUGGUGCGCUCAGAGAAGACGAUGACUACGUAUGCGGCUCGUGCGCACAGUCGCGUAACGACCGACCUUCGGAGAAGCAGUGA